UAAGAACUGUUAACACUCACCGCUAGGGUCUGUGGCUUGAUUCUUGAAGUUGGUGAGACCAAGAACUCACAAAUCCCAAACACAAUUCGGUGUGAACCUGAUACCUGUUUUAUGAAGGGGCAGCUCAGGAGACUCCGGCGCUCCCCAUGGCCGACGAAAAGCGCGAGGAAGCAGUCAAGACUGAGAACAAUGAUCAUAUUAAUUUGAAGGUGGUGGGGCAGGGUGUUUCCUUGGUGCACUUUAAGAUUAACAGACACACACCACUUAAUAAACUAAUGAAAGCCUAUUGUGAAGCACAGUUGGAAAUGGAGAAUGAAGAUACAAUUGAUGUGUUCCAACAGCAGGCAGGAGGUGUUUGCUGAAAAGAACCUGGUUCUUUACUCCAGAACUCUGUUCUUUAAAGGCCAACAUUACAUUCGCAAUUAGAAAACUGCACUUUGGUUCCACCACAUCCUGGCUACUACAGUAGUUUUCUCUUUCAUU